AAUCAGUUUUUUCUCCACUAGAACGCGCACAAACUCGUGAUAGCGGCGCGCCAUAGCGCCGUAUAUGGAAGCUUGAAAGAAAGUUCCCAGAAAAAAAGUUCACGGAAAUACUCAUCGCCAAGGAGAGAUUGAGCGCGAAGCAAAAUCUGGAAUAUAGGGGCAAAGAGUAAUUAUGCAUUACAAGAAACAACCCUGCAGAGAUUUUCAGCGUGGCACUUGUCAGUAUGGUGAAAGGUGCAAAUUUCUCCACGCCACUCAGCAAGCACAACAACAAAAACCUAAUCCCUUUGGAUUUGGAGUUCCUAACAACGGUCAAUCUAAAGCGGUUGCUGAUUUUGGAUCCAAACAAAACCAAUAUAAGCCAUUUGAAAACAAGUGGACUCGUCCUUCCACCCCUACGGGAAAUGCUCAGUCUCGAAAACCAGACAAUCAUCUCCCGUCCUCUAAUCACAAAUGCACAGAUGGAGAGUCUUGCAAGCGUCAAAUCGCUGAAGAUUUUCAAAAUGAGAGGCCAUUAUGGAAAUUAACUUGUUACGGCCACAAUAAAAAUGAACCUUGUGACAUUGUUGGUGAUGUUAGUUAUGAAGAACUACGAACAAUUGCUUAUGAUGAAGCCAAACGAGGAAUAAGUUUGCAAUCAAUUGUUGAAAGAGAGAGAAAUUUACUUAAUUCUAAGUUAGCCGAGUUUGAGGGCCUUCUUCUUAAGCCAUAUGUAACACCAUCAAAUCGUGCUCCUGGCAACCAAAGCUCAUUUUCAGGAACUAAUUCUCCUUCAAUUCUACCAAGUGCUCAAAAUAACACUCCUUCGUUGUCAAGUUUUAGCCAGUUGGGUGCAUCACUUAAUACAGGAUUUGGUGCUAGGCCCUCUAAUCCACAUAAUACUGUAUUUGGUCAGCAAGUUCAAUUUUCAAGCCCCGUGCAAAACUCGAGUGGAUUUGGAAUGACCAAUUUUCCAUCAACAAGUGUGGUUGCAGUUGGAGGUGGAGUUGGUAGCCAAACAUUUGGGAACUUCUCUACUCUAAGUGGCUUUGACAUAAAAAAUGCUGGAAGUAAUAUUUUCUCUUCAGCAGCCCUAACAAAUCUCCCUCCAACGAAUGCAAACUCAAGUGCCAGUGGACAAAUUGCACCAAAUGCCCAAUUGGUAAAUAAGUUACAGCCAGAAAAUAGUUCCGUGGAUGUUGACAUUUGGAUGAAAGAGAAAUGGGUUCCUGGAGAGAUACCGGAAAUGGCUCCUCCUGAUGCAGUUAUUCAGUAACACCGGCGGAUUUGGUAUAGAGCCCCCCUCAACUUUAUUGUCUUUAUAUAAUAUGUAUAAACAAAACCAUUUAAUGCUUAAUAUUUAUAGAUAGUUUAGUGGUAACUAUGCUUAGUUUAGGGUUUUCUGGAUCCGCCAUUAUUCAGUAACCCAUAUACUCCACGUACUAAGGUACCUAGAAUUGAUAGCAAGAUUUAAUAUUAGUAGCAGUUUAGGAAAUAUGAAUUUAUUAACUUAGAAACUUUAUGAGUUUAAAAGGGGAAUUCUUAGAAUUUUGCAAUAAUAUAUUAAAUGACACAAGAUCCUACUUCUAAGAAUAAGGAUACUAAUGAAUCUACGAACGUUCCAACACCAGAAUUCGGUUUGUGUCGUGUAAGAUGGUUUAUCCAUAACCUCUUGAUUAGAAAUUUGAAUUCCCACACCACUUCAGUUUUGAGCUAUUAAAAGAAUGUAUGGAAGACAAGUAUUAGAUCUAUCUUUUAUGAUUUUUCUUUC